AUGUGCACNUAUGAUGACGAGCACCCAUAUAUCACAGUUGCCGUAAAAGAACGAUGGGAUAUCACGAAAGUUGUCCUCUGCGCUGUAUUUCUGUACGCCAUAACGUCGUUAUUCACUGUUAUUCUGUAUUAUCCCAUAUCGUUGAUAUCAUUAAUCUUCCCAACUGUUGUUCUGGUUUAUACGAAAAUAGCACUGAAGGGUGAUCAGCGGCGAAAUCUCUGGUUUUGCAUCUUUGCUGGCUUCGCUGGUUUUGCACUGAAAAUUUCGGCAAUAAUUGUUUUCGUCAUAAUGUUCCCGAUUGGCAAAGAAGAACCGUCCAGAUUCCGUGGUUCAUCAUCACUGAGGAAACUCAUCAGUGUAACAGGUUAG